GCUCCCAUCACACCUUUCCGUGGACCACUUACAGACACAAGAUGAAGUCCUAUAGCAUCUUCCUCUGUCUCGCUGCUGCCCACGCUGCAGUCGACCUCGAGAGCAGAGCAGAUCCCUCGCUAUGCGACAAGUACACGACUGCUCUCCUUAAGGACAACACUGCAGCAAACCAAGAGACGCUCCUGACUCUCGUGGUCAAUGCUGUUGUGAUCGGAAACUACACGAAGCCAAAUGUUGGUAUCGCCGUGCCAGGCAUAUUAGCACCAGGCACGGGGAAAUUUGCCGGCGUCAACUUGGCACCAUACUUCUCGGGCGCCCUCAAGACGACCAAUCCCGAGGCGAUUGGCCAGACGGGGAAGGCGGGGAUUUCGGUCAACUGGCUCGACGGUGGCGGUGCUGACCCCCUGAAGAAUAACAAGGCUGGCAAUGAUCCGAAAUCAAACCAAUUUGUGUUGCUGACACACCUGUACUCCUACUUCGCAGCCUUACUCGGCUGUAGCCAAUUCGGAGCCAGUGUGAAGCCAUAUGACGGCGAUCCGUCCAUGUACAAGGUGCACAAAUUCAUGAGACUGGGCGAGAAGGAAUUCGGCUACUUCAUCACUCAAGUUGGUCUGGCAGCUUCGUCUUAUGGUGUCUCCAAGGAGGAUGUCGGAACCAUCGCGAAGGCACUCAUGGACACCUUCGGAUAUCGUUGCUCGAAGCCUGCAGGCGCUGUGCCUCCAACAACCAAAGCGCUGCAGAGCAUUUGCACAAAGCCUAGUUGCCCGCUUGCGAAGGACUGCGACUGUGACUUGUACAAGGACAUCAUGGACUACAUAGUCUGAGUGGAUGUGACGAAGCCGAUGAACUGGAGGAGUGAGGGAACUGUGGUUGUACGCGAUCCUCGCGCGAGAAAGUGCCAUGGUUGAAGAAAGGAAACGGGUGAAGGGUGUAAUUGAGGACACUUUUCUAACUUCGUCCCCUGCAUCAAAGAAGCGCAAGGAUAGUCUCCGUGCCCUUCUUUUCUACUCAUCAUAUCUUUACCAUUUCUGC